UUACCGUUAUCAUAAAGCUUAGCUUUUAUGCUGUUUAUGCUUUUUAUGCUUUUAUUAGCUGUUAUGAAUAUCUGGCAACUCGCAGAGAACCACACAAACAUGCGGUAGUAGGAAGUGGUGAAUGAGUAGAACAUAUGCAGGUAUAUGUGCAGACUAAGGAGAAUCUACAGUAGGAAAUAUCUGUCGCAAUAAAGUGUUCAUUUACACACCUUCACACCUUCCUGUUAAGGAUGUCACCUGAUGAAAUAGUUUACCUACAAAUCCUUGCUGCAUCAAUACCUGUAGGAUUUCUUUUCCGCUACCUAAGCCCUUCGGUUAAGCAGGGAGCAGCAUUGCUGUUGGGUUUGAUCAUUACAAUAGCAACCUGUGGCAUCCACACUUUGCACUCUCUUUGUACAGUGUUAGGAACAUGGCUAGUCAUAAAACUCAAUUGGAAAAAUGCACCUUCUCUGUCUUUGGGUUGGACGUUUCUUUACCUCCUCUUUUUUCGUCUGGCUACCUGGUUUGGCCUUCCUUCCCCAACACCGUUUGCCAACGCUAUUCAGCUUCUCUUAACAUUAAAGAUGGUCAGUUUAGCAAAUGAGGUUCAAAGUUAUCACUUGGAGAAGAAAAAAGAAGUGAGCUCCUUUACAAAGUCCCCAGUGAUUCGAGGACUUACCCAAGAGCCUUCGCUCUAUAACGUUAUUGCAUAUAGCUACUGCUAUGUGGGAAUAAUGACAGGUCCCUUCUUCCGGUAUCAGACGUAUGUUGACUGGUUGCAGCAGCCUAGUCCCCUUUCUUUGCCGGGUGUAGCUCCCUGCCUUCAGAGGCUUCAGAUGAUACCUGUUUACGGAGCACUCUUUGUGUCCGUCAACUAUGUUUUCCCUUUAUCCUAUGUCCGUACUGAGGAAUUCUUGGAGAACAACUAUUUUUACAGGUUUUUCUACAUGGUGGCAGUAUUUUUUGUGUUUCGAAUGCGAUUCUACUCGGCUUGGUGUGGUGCGGAGGCAGGCUGUAUCAGUGCAGGCCUGGGCUGUUACCCGCAGGGGGCACUGUCCAAACCUGGAGCAGGUCCAACUGUGAACUAUAAUCCUGAUCCAGGCACAGAAGUGGAUUAUGACUUCAAGACAAUCCAGAACAUUGACUGCUAUAACACAGAUUUCUGUGUGAAAGUGCGUCAUGGCAUGCGCUACUGGAAUAUGACAGUGCAAUGGUGGCUUCACCACUACAUUUACCCCAAUGCCCCUUUCAGAGCGUACGCUCUCAGGGCUGGAUGGACAAUGUUAAUCAGUGCAUACUGGCACGGCCUCCAUGCCGGUUACUAUCUCUCUUUUCUCACCAUCCCACUGUGUAUCGCAGCAGAAACGGCCAUGGAGGCCUCCGUCAGGUCUCGUUUGGGGCCCGCAGGCCAGAAUAUCUUUGACUGGGUCCACUGGUUCCUCAAAAUGAGAGCUUAUGACUACAUGUGCAUGGGAUUUGUUCUCCUGAAGGCUAGUGACACCAUUAACUACUGGAGUUCAAUUUACUUCGUUAUUCACAUCAUUGCGGUUGUUUGCAUAGGAGUUGGACAAAUAAUGAAAGGGGGGAAGAGAAGGGAGAGGAAAGAUCAAGGUGAGGGAGAAAAGAAGGAUGUAACAAGAGAAAAGGCAGAGUGAAAUGAAUGCUUUCAUUAUGCUGAUAACUGGAGAUGGUAUGUUUACACAUAAUUAAAGAAAAAAAAAUAUUCAUAACAUGCACUGUAAUGCCAUAUACUGCCAUUAAGAUUUUGUGUCUGAAAAGCUCUCAAAGUAUUUUUUUGCGAAUAGAACUCAAUGGGAUCAACCUUAUUAUUUGGUAACGCUUUACAAUAAGGUUGUAUUUAUUAACAUUAGCAAAUGUUUUAGCUAACAUGAACCAAUGAGCAAUAUAGGUUGUCAGCAUUUAUAAAUCUUUGUUAAUAUUAGUUAAUGCCAAUUCAAUUGUUUAUUGUGCAUUAACUUAUGUUAAGAGUUACAACUUUGAUAAAAAAAUUUUUUUAGUAAAUUCUGAAAUUAGCAUGAACUAAGAUGAAUAAAUCUCAUGUUAGCUAAUGCAUUAAUUAAUGGUAACAAAUAAAACCUUAAAGUGUAACCAAUUAUUUUCACUUUAUUACCAGUGAAUUUUGCUUUCGGCCUGCCUUUUAGUGAAUUUAGUCAAAUCUGUCCCAUACUUUUACUGUUAAGUGAAUACACUGAAGUCAAACCGGUACACGUGCACAUUCGAUGCGUUUGGCUCUGGUAAUCUCUAUCUUUACAAUUAUAAUUUCUUGCUUUAAUAUUUCAUAUGUUAGAAAUGGCUCCGUUAUGUUACCUGUUGAAAAUCUUAAAGGUUCAUCAUCCUUACCUGGUCAGUAAUGUUUCAAAGUUUUUAUGUUGCCAUAAUCUAUUGGAGAGAGGUUUGUAUUUUACAGCCACGUGUUAAUGGUUUUCUCUGGGAACAGUAGCUCUGGGACUAGAUUUCAUCCGAACACGUGUUUACAAAAAGACUGUCUGGCGAGUGUUAGGGAUUUUAGCAUACAUUCAUGAAGCUAUGCCUCUGUAUUGUGUGUGUAUAAGGUAAUACGACCUUUAUAACAACAACAAAAACAUUGAAAGUUAAGGACAUUAAAUUUUAGUUUGCCUUGUUUCUCAUCCGUUCUGCGGGGUGAAGUGGAUAUUUAUUAAUGGUUGUGUAUGUAUGAUCAUUAUUUGUAUUCUGCACAGAAUGUGAAAGCGGUCUGGAACUUUCAUGUUCUUUCUGUAAAAAGUUGACGGACGUGAAUGUUUUUAAUCAUCAUUUAUUCAUCAGACCCCAUAUGAUGUAAAAUACACUUUGAUAUAAACAUGUAAAGUUCUAAAGUUUUAAACAUACUUUUUUUUAACUUUCUAUCACAGUAAAUGUAAGAACUUCCUUAUAAUGCAUUAAUAUUAUGCAUUAUAAGGCAUUAUAAUGUUAUAAUGCAUUAAUAUUAUGCAUUAUAAGGCAUUAUAAUGUUAUAAUGCAUUUUUUUUUUUUGAAACACUGGGUGGUAGUAGUUUAUUGAUCAGUUCACAUUAUUGUAUCCUGGUUACUGUAUUACUGUCUACAUGCUACAUUGUACUCCUGAUGUUUACUCUUCGAAGUAUUAAACAUGAGACAUGUGCCACACUCUA